GAAAAUGGAUCAUCUGAAGUCGUUUUAUGAUAAUUUUUAUUUAUUUAUUUAUUUAUAGAAUAGCAUGGAAUAGUGUGGCAUGAAGUAGAAAACUGAAUAACAGAAUAAAAUAGAAUAGAAUAAGUGCUAUGAAUUAGGCUAUUGUUUUGUCGAUAUGCAAGUAAUCACUACUGGUGAGAUGUACAGUGCAAUAUACAUUAAACAAUGGAAUGCACAAUCUACAUAAAAAUCAAAUAUUAAAAUAUAGAUGUUUAUUGAACACUCUGACAGCUGUUUAAAGGAAAGUGUUCUUUAAUCGGGAUGUUUUAGCUGUUAGUGAUUUCAGGCUUCUUUUACGCGCUGGGUGAGAUGGAUCCAUUGUAAUCUUUUUAUUUGUGCAUUAGAUGUGCUCAAGGGAGAUCAGUGCCUAUAUGAGUCCUUUCUGUGCCAUAACGAUAGAACAGUCUUCCCAAUGGCAGUUUAAAAACAGACUAAACUGCUGACUGGUUUUUGACUUUCCUUAAUUGUCUGACGACGUGGAGUUUUUGAUGAGCAUUUCUGAUGAGGUGCUCUGUAUUGAUUUGCCUUUUUUUUUAAAUGUAGCAAAUGGAUACCUAUGAAUUGGCAGUCUGUAAUGGUAAUUUGUUUUCUGUUGAUGCAUUUGGGAGUUUGGUCUGCAGGAAAACCAGUUGAAAACUACUUAUGCAUAUAUACUUCAGUAGCCUAAAUGUGACAGAUUGGAGGCUAUUUCACUGUCAUCAAUUUAAGCACCUCCCCCAGUCACAUAUAAACAGAAAGCACUUACAUGCUGAAAUCAGAUCUGCUUCUAAAUGAUUAAUGCUAUGCAUACUGUAGAGUCCAUUAUUUGCAGUCAUAUAGGCCUAUUGUUUAUUACUGGUUGUCAGAGAAAUUGGUGUAACAUGCAGCAUCAUCGAAUCUUAGGUAGGUGUAGGGAAAUGGCCAAAACAAAUACAGCUUUAGCUCAUAUAUUAAUGUAAAUUUAGGCCUACUGUAAAUGUAAAGUACAUUAGUCAGUGACAAUUGAUAACACAAGACAGAAGCCUCAUUCAAAGAACUGCUGCGUCAUUACCACAUUUUCCACUUUGACACUUGUUUUCAUUGCCAUGAUAAUGUGUGCAUUUUCAUACUCGCUCCACAAAAACAGAAGAAUUACAAUUUUGCUGAUACGACAUUUAACUUAGCCCGUUUCAGUUAACAGCAAAGAGGAAAACAGAAAGAGGUGUGAUAAAACAAUAUAAUUAGCACGUUUUAAAAGCAUCUUAAGGCAAGUACAAACACAAACAAACAGUGGUACGAUCUGUCAGUUACUUGCCUAUUUUGAGGGGUUUUUUUUAUUUUUAUUUAUAUAAAUAUAUAUAUAUAUAUUUUGGACUCGUCAUGCCUCCUCUAAUGGGACAGUAGCACCGACUGCAUCAGAGCUGCUGCUGAUUCUGAAGUCAGUCCUUCAUGCUGCAUUUCGCUGUGCUGUGCGGGACAGGGAGGCGUUUGCUUUCGACUCCACUUCAAAGCCAUGGAUCUUACAAACGAUAAACUGUCUUCCAUCCGAAAGUGUCUUUUGGUAACUUUACUGUUCGUUUGUUCAUUUCAACUGUCCCGAUCAAAGCGAAUAUUCAAAUGUCCUUCAGGAUGCACUUGUACGACAGAUUCAAUCAUUUGCGUCGGUUCGUCUCUCAUCCCACGGACUAUACCGAGUGACAUCAACUCUCUGAGUAUUGUCAAUUGCAGUUUCUCAGAAAUCAAGGAGGCUAUGUUCUCCCUCAUGCCCUCACUGCAGUUACUUCUCCUUAGUUCUAAUUCAUUUUCUGAAAUCAAGGAGGAUGCAUUCUCAGGGCUUCCUCAUCUUGAGUAUUUAUUUAUUGAAGGUAACAAGAUUGAAGAGAUAAACAAAUAUGCCUUCAGAGGACUUCGGGAUGUUACACAUCUAUCAUUAGCAAACAACAAUUUAAAAACACUACCUAGGGGUCUUUUUUCUGAUCUACGCUCUUUGAUUGAACUAGAUCUACGAGGGAACAUGUUCCAUUGUGACUGUGAGUCCAUGUGGCUGAUGCUAUGGUUGAAACGAUCCAAUGCCACAAUCUCUAAUGUUUACUGUGCCAGUCCAUCUGGCAUGAAGGGUGUCCGGUUAAAGGAUGUCCCGGAAAAACACAGCAAGUGUGUCUCCACGGAUUUUGUUCAGCACCAAAUAGUAAAUACUCAAUCAAUGUCAGCAGAUAUCUUCUCUCACAAAGAUGAUAUAUAUGUCGCUAUGGCUGUUCCAAAUUCAGACAGCUGCAUAAUCAUGGAAUGGGAUCAUAUUGAGACUAAAUUCAGGCCUUUUGAUAACAUCACAGGACGGUCUGUUGUUGGAUGCCAGUCUGUUCUGAUCAAUGAGCAGGCAUUUGUCAUUGUCUCCCAACUCUUCGAUGGCUCCCUUGUCUGCAAAUAUGACCAAGCACAGAAUAAGUUCACCAAGUUUCAAGCAGUUGAAAUGCUUAAUGUGUCCAAGCCGAAUGACAUUGAAGUCUUCCAGAUUGGAGAUGACUGGUUCUUCCUAAUUGUGGACAGUUCCAAAGCUGGAAUGACAACUCUGUUUAAGUGGAAUGAAACUGGUUUCUACCCAUACCAGUUCCUUCAUGAAUGGUUUCGUGACACCGAUGCAGAGUUUUUGGAUUUAGAUGGCAAAUCUGUCCUCAUACUCGUGAGCCGUUCCCAGGCUCCUGUUAUAUACCAAUGGAACAAGAGCACCCAGAAGUUUGUUCUCCAUGAUGAGAUAGCAAACAUGGACGAUAUUGUCAGCGUGAAGGCCUUUAGGAUUAAUGAUGUUCCCUACCUUGCGCUCGCCUGCUACAUCGGUGACUCAAAAAUCAUGAAGUGGACAGGCAAACACUUUGAGGAAGUUCAGGGCUUGCCUUCACGUGGCGCCACAGUAUUACAGCCCAUCGAGUUCAAAGACCAGCACUAUUUGAUUCUGAGCAGUGAUUAUUCUUUCUCCCAGAUCUUCAGGUGGGAUGAGGAAAACCAGAAAUUUAUCAAGUUCAGGGAUGUGUAUGUUCAGUGGCCACGCUCAUUCACAGCACUGUCCACAGACCAGCGUGAUUUUGUGCUGGCCACGAGCUUCAAAGGCAAAACCAUGGUUUUUGAACAUAUUUCAGUGGAUUAUAGCAAAUGAGGCAUUAUGCUGUUACUCGUUGCAUCUGGGCAAAUGCUAAAAUAAAACUCUAUUCUUCAAUAUAUAUAUAUAUAUAUAUAUAUACAAGUAACCUUAAUAUUUAUGAAUGUAAUGUUUCGUCAACAAAAUGGCCAAAACCCAGUGCACAAGCCUAUCUUCUGUCUUGCAAAAGCUAUUUAUGCAACAUUUUCUAUAAAGGUUUAAAUAAAUAAUGCGCUGCUGCUUAAUUUAUUCAGACCUUGAAAAUACCUGACUGUUUGAUUAUAUCAGGGCUCUUAUAAAUCAUUUCUUUGUGAUAUAUCAGGUUCACCAAAGGUGCUCCGGCUUCGAUCCAAAAGACUGUGGAAUUGUCAGCUUCAAGCUAAUUUAUCCUAAUGAGCUGGUUUGACUUUAUGCAAGCAUGUUUUUGGUGCCGAGUAGUGAUAUUAUUCAGUAGAGACCCUCAAUGUUAUUGCCUUUGAUAAAUGAAAGCCUUAGAAAUUGUAUUCAUUCAUUAAUUUUUUUUUUUUUUUUUAACAGAGGAUGAACCUUAUACUGUAGCUGGCCGAGUAUUGUACUGGAUGUACAUUUGAAAAUAUAUUAUUGAUAAUGAAUAAAACAGCAUCUUCUAUUCAUUCAUGUUUGUUUUUAUUUGCAUAUAUAUAUUUAGUUUCUUACAAGGGAGCCAGCUGGACAAAUGGUUUAGCAGCCAGUUUAGCAUUGUCUUCAAUGCAUCACUGUUCCACUGACAACAUAAACACAGGAAAUAAUAAGAAAGAAGUUAAAACUUACAUUUCAGAUGACACUUCACUCCUUGACAGAGAGAAAAUGCUUAUGUUCACAAAGAUCACUUUACCAGCCAGUCAGCAACAUCAUUCUUUGUGACAGAGCACUUAGGUUUGAUAAAUAAGACCAGACGCAUAAGCACAAUGUCACAAAUAGGCCUAGCUAUUCAAAGUAAUCACAGAAAUUAUGUAGAGGCCUGUCUCUAUAUAUAUUUUCUGCUGUGCUUUAUGUGCAUGUUCUAUUAUUUACAUUAUGUGCGUAUAUGCUGUGUUAUGUAAAAUUAUGGUGGACGUUUAAAAUAUUGCCUAACCUUGUAUGGUAUUUUCAAACUAAUUGAGAUCAUGUAUACUUUUUUUUUCAUUUAUUUAACAAUAGCAACA